AUGGACGACGUACACUUCGAUGAGAUGUGGACAUGGUCUUGCAUGCUCCGAGCUUUGUUCUUUACGAUGUACGACGAUGUAUCCUCAUUCCAUCUCUCUGGUGUUGGCGAGCUUCAGCCGACGCAUCAAAUAAGCCUCCCACAUAAUGAGAACGACAUGAUUUUGUGCAAUCACCAAAGCGAUGGUCAACACGCCUUUCCAAAUCCGAACUUCGUCUCGGAGCUAACAUAUUCAGUAGCAUUUCCUAUGCACGAACGAUGCUGGAAGCUCAUGACUCGAAUGCUCGACGUCGACUUGAUCAAGAAGAAUAUGGAUAUCUUCCUCCACGCAAUGUGUGAUCCAUACGAUGUCACAAGGCCAUUGCUUGAUCCAACAGGUACAUACCCUCUGUGGCUAGAAUGGUUCAAGUUAUUGGACAAUUUAACAUCAGGCUUGUAUCUAAAUCCUCAGAAAUUUCGUGCCAAGGAUGAUGCGCGUCCAAGUCAUAUGCCUCCUGAGUUUCGCGGCGCAGAUCCUUUGAAUGACCCCUGCUUGAACGACGUGAUCACCAAAUACACAACCGAGUACACCAUGCAGAGGAAGAUGGGAUUUGAGCCAAGAUCACAACCCUCCAUACCCACACAUCCAAUGUCCCGACGAUCCCAAGCUAGGUUCAAGACCAGGAAUGUGUUUCUUCCGACAGAACUCAUCUUGAAUAUCGCAGAUCAUCUGGACAAUCACGAGGACAUCCACGCCCUGCUUUUAGUGUUUCCGAAUUGGCAUCCAAUGAUCCCGAACAGCUACUGGAGACGUCGAUUCAUUGAGGACAACUGUCUACGCAGUGAUGAAUUCCCAGCAGUGGAUGCUAUGGAUUGGCAACGUGUCUAUCUUAGUGGUGACAAGCUUCUACGACUCUCGUUGGGGUGGCAGAACAGGCAGUAUAUCUUGAGUCGACUCGACAGGAUAAAAGACCGAUUCCUAGAGCGACUGGAGCGGAAGGAUGUUGAAAUUUGA